AUGCUGCAAGACGCCAGCCAACCGCCCCCAGAUCCCGUUUGCCAGAGCAUCCGCAUUUGCCCUCCCAACAAAGGAGAUGGGUCAAAUGGUAUCACACCCGACUGGUCACCAGAGCGGGUGAACAUUCUCUGUUCUCUUUCCCCUUUGAUCAGGACAAGAGUGGAAGAGUUGCGUCUUCACCCCGAGCUGUGGUGGACGCCCGUGGUAGGCGAUGGCAUCGACGAAGCCACGGCUAUCCGUGUUCUCGACCUCGUUGGCCCGGGCACCGCCGGCCGAAAGCAACGAGUAUCUCUCCUCUCACAGGAAUGCAAUGUCAUGUGGGCAUUCCAGAUCAACCCUACCCUAUUCCCAGCAAGCCUCACCUGGCAAGCUGUCGACGACGACGGCCAACUAGCUGCGUCCAGAGCCGUCGUUCGCAAAGCAGCUCGACGAUCUUAUGCGAGUCUCUCCUCGUCCUCAUCCAGUCCCAAAUUCUCCUGGCAAACAGAGCCGGGAUCCCGCUCUCGAUUGACCUCGCUCCAGCUGGCAAACAUUGCCCUUGUGUUGGAAUGGGAGGAGGCAUUCAAGCGAGAGAUUAGGACUGUGAUAUGGGACUGGACAGGGCAAACACAAGCUGUCCUCGCGACACCAGUGGGAUGUCUACAAGCACAUGGGCCGCGCGGGCUAGAUGGUAUUCCUCUCUUCAUCCCUUCCUCCACGUCGCCGCAACUAACACCCUUACCAGCCCAACGGAGGAUAGAAAAGGAAAAGGUCCUCACUCACAUGCGGGACUAUCUCGAACGCCAGAAGAACACCAACAAAACCAGCGUCAAGCGCAUCUACAAGGACCUCGAGCUCCAAAACAUGAAGCUCGAGGCGAGCAGUUUCUUACACCCCAGUAUCUACAGCAUGUUACGGGAAAUUGAAGGGGCGAUUCUCAAGGAGAAGAGGCCUGCGAAUGGGGCCAGCGCGGUGAGUCAGUUGAAGACUGUGAACCCUAACAGACCGACCACGCCGGGGCUGUUGGGCAAGAUCAAGGAGAUGGAGCACAGUGUCGAGAAUAUGAUGUCGGGGGGGAAGGGGCAUAGGAAGUUUGUGCAGGCUAUGCUGGGCCAUGUGCAGGAGUUUGUGGCUACGCAGCAGGAGAUGCUGGCGGGGGAGAUGUGGAAGUGGAGGGUGGGGGAGGUGAGGAGGUGGAGUUUGCAGUGA